AUGCAUGCGUGUGGGUGUGUGUGUUCCUUACACUUCGGCUUCAAUUUGUCACGAGGAAGACGCAACUUUGCACGGACCACCAGCCGGACAGAUACACCUUCCUUCAGCAGGCGCAGACUGUUCCUUAUCUUGAUCCCUCCGAGCCUACCAGCGACAAUGAUCCGGAUGCAAAAAAAAACAUGCGUCAGCAUCUGGAAGAACUCGAAGUGUCCAAUCCAGCAGAGUUUGCAAGCCUGCUCGCCGACUAUUGCAAGGAGUGCUUGGGCUGCAUUUUUGCAGGUUGAUUCCCCACGCUCUGCUCCUUCUUUCAUCUGCAUUCCAAGGUGCCCUAAGCCAGGGAAAGGACGAUCGCGAGUGCAGUACGAUUGGAGCCGUGUCAGGAGGAUUCGGAAGUCUGGAAGGAGGGCAGAGCGCGUGAAGUUCCAAUGUCCCGAAUCGAAUUUGAAGACUGGUCUGUCCCCCUCGGCCAUCGACCAGAAGUGGAAGACAAUGUUUGCAGACAAGUCUGUGAUGAAGGACCAAGUGGCAUCGAAUGACAAAGCUGGCAACUUCGCAGGUUACGAGCAAGCUGUGGCGAAAGAAGAUGUGGUGGAGUCGCGGCAGCCGACAGAUUUGUCGCACAACCGGCUCGUGCAGACGGCUAGGGACCUUCGGCUGGAUCUAGAGGACGAGGCAGCAAUGGACAUCGGCAUUUUGCCGAGCAGUGGCGGCAGCUUGCACGCAAUAGCUGGGCCCGCCCCGCCUGCGUUGCCGAGCACCUCGUCUGUCAGAGGCAAUGUGACCCAGGAUGCAGCCGUGAAGGCCAAAGCCAAAGCCAAACCGAAGGCCCGAAAUGGCGCUUCCGAGAAACCAGCCUUGGUCGCCAGCAAAAUGCGGAAGGGCACAACCAAGGUUUGGAAUCAGAUGGUAGCACUCGUGGCGGAAGCUCAGAAAACCGGGGAAUCUAUGCUGCACCAAUGCGCUGAGGAACAUGGCACGGCGGAUGAUGCAAGGAAGGCAGACACGUCCUAUGCAGUCGUGGAGCAGAGGAUGAAUUGUUUGCGUAUGCUGUCCAGCGAAACCCGUGCCAAACCGUCUGAAGAGUCUGGGCUGAAGAUCUUGGCUGAGCUCAACAAAGACUCGUACUUCAUGGAGCAGGGAUGGCCUUGGGGAGCUGCUCAGACAGUGGGCCAAAUGACCUAUGUGAGGCUAACCGCCAUUGAGCUUCAGCGAACCGCAGAGGCUGUGCACCAGAUGGCUGCUGAUCACCGGGAUGCAAUAGACUUGGUGAAAACAGUGGCAGCGUCUGUCAUCUCUGAAGCAACAUCGUGGCGAAACCAUGUUGCAGCCCUACGCAAAGCGAGGGAUGCAGAACAGAAGGAGUUGGAAAGAGAUGCAAAACGCAGGCGCAAGAAAGAGGAGGCAAAGCGCAAAGCUGACAAUGCCAAAGCAAAAAAGGCGGCUGACAAAAAGGCCAAGGAGGAGAAAGCUGCUGCGGCAGCUGCAAAUGCGGAGGGUGAGGACGGUGAGGAUGGCGACAAUGGUGAUGAGGAUGGCGGUGACGGCGGUGGUACGGAGGGCAAAAAGAAGAUUGCGCGUGGUCCUGCGCGUGCACGGGGAAAAUCGAUACAGGCGGAGAUGGAUGAGACUGACCCGGCCCUGCUGCAGUCUUGGGCCGCAAGCUCCACUUGGCCGAAGAACAAUUGCAUGCUGGUUUGCGAUUCCACAGUUGAUCUGGCAGGACACAUCGCCAAGACUGCUGGAAUGGUGCCUGCUGUUGCGCGCUUGAGACGCUCCGCUAUCAAGAAGACCAUCGAUGUGCGAGUCGUGGACGCAGUGAACAUGUCUCGAAUGCUUGCGCAGGAGCUGGCUUCCUUCGCCUCGGACUUCCAGAUUAAGCUGCAGAGUACUGAUGCGUUGGCGCUGGACCUCCUCGUGCAGAAGCAUUGCGAUGAGCAGAACAAUCAGAAUCUUCAGUUCGUGGGCAGGGACCACUUGAUUGAGAGGUUUUCUGCGCUGGGUGACAGCGACGAUGAUAAGCGCAAGAGCCAGCUGCGCUACCAGGGCGUAACCAUGUGUGCAAGUGCCCAGGGCUCGCGAUUUGCAGGAUUCAAUCCGAUGGGCUUGCCAGCCGUGUAUUGCCACGUGAACAGUGAGAAAAUCCUUUGCCUGCUCGACCUCGAAGAGGCAAUCUUCUGGUACUGUGACAAAAACAAUCUGUCGGUCGAUCCUGAGAACGUGCCGCCUCUCAAGGAAGUCAUGAAGUUUGUUGCAGGCCAGUACGUGACCACUGAAGAUCCGCUGGAUUACUUGAUAUCCCUGCGCGGUGUCACGCUAGUUCCCGGCGACAUCCUUUACAUCCCCCCUUGCCAAGUGAUAGUCGAAAAGACGCUGCGCGGCAGUGCAGUGGGGGUACGGGCUGCACCAACUUUCUUCCACCGUCGCUGCUACGACCUCUGCAAACUCUACUUGACCGUGCACUCCGGGGACUUCCACGCGAAAAUCAUGGCUGAAGAGUUCCGCAAGUUGUCUUUUCCUUACAAAAUGACGCUGGCGGAGGCCGUCGGUGUCUCACAGUCGGAGAGUUCGCCAAUCGAAGCCGAAGCCCGUCUUCAGCCAGACGGCACCAUGGUGGGUGUCGACAAGCCCACCAAGCAGGACGAAGAGCCCAUGGAGGACAUCCUCAACAGCUUCGUGGACAUGUGCGACGAUGAGCGCCGUGCGCUGAUCCAGCAUAUGGACAAUGCCGAGUUGACGUUGCACAUCAAUAUGGCAAAGGCCCACCCCGAGUGCAGGAACUACGAAAAGUACGUCGUGGUCGAGCUCCUCGGAAAGCCCUGGGACGAAGAUGGGGACAACAAUCGGGAAAUCGGAGGCGCAGGGAGAGAUGUGCGUGCAGAGAUUUUUGGAUGGUACGAAUUCCUGCAGAAGAAGAACAUCAGGUUCUCUCCGGGCUUCAGUAGCGGCCUUGAUGCUUCCUCAUUGCAACAAUCACGGGCAGACUAUCUGAACAGCUUUGUGGAUCUGGGUGAGGAGAAGCGACGUAAGUUGCUCCGGGACACGAGCGAAUCCGAGCUGCUUUCGGUGCACAUCAAGGCUGCGAAGGCCCAUCCCAAGUGCGAGAUGUAUGAGAAGGAAGCCAUGGAGGUGUACGGCGCAGAGGAUGGUUACACGCUUGGAGACCCGGAGGGCGAUGUGCUAGAGGAUGUCCUUGCAUGGUACCAGUUCAUGCAGGAGAAGAAGUUCACGUUUUCCCAGAAAUUCGAUGAGGCUGCAGUCCCUUAA